AUUGGCGAUCGGAAGCGCGGUGGGGGUCCCGAUCGUGUUCUCGCCGGAAGAAGGGUGGCGGAGGAGGAGUGUGAUCUUCGCAAUCGGAGAUUGACCGUUUGGACCAGCUCUGAAGUUGACUCUUUGAAAGCUUCCAGCAGUAUUGCAUGGCGUGAAGAAACUUGAGUGGAGUUGCAAGUCAUAUUACUCUAGACACUGGUCCAACAUUUGCAUUCAGAGAGGAGCUCAGAUCGACUUCCCUUAUGCUGAGCCUUCAAGUAAUGUUUCGCUGCUUUUUCCUGCAUAUUCCUUGCCUGGCUUGGAAGUUUCCUAUUUAAUCUGCCUGAAUUUCCCUUUUUGAGAUUAUCAGAGUAUAUGCUCUUGUUAUGGUUGCGUAGAUACCCAACCUGUGACGAGAGAAAGAUGGCUUUUCGUGGUGAAGACGAGCAGACGGAGGAUUACCUGUUCAAGAUAGUUCUUAUUGGUGAUUCAGCUGUUGGGAAAUCAAACUUACUUGCAAGAUUUGCCCGGGAUGAGUUUUACCCCAAUUCAAAGUCAACUAUAGGAGUAGAAUUCCAAACGCAGAAGAUGGACAUCAAUGGAAAGGAAGUGAAGGCGCAAAUUUGGGAUACAGCCGGCCAGGAGAGAUUCAGGGCUGUUACAUCUGCAUAUUAUAGAGGAGCAGUUGGAGCUCUUUUGGUCUAUGAUAUUAGCAGACGCCAAACAUUUGAUAGCGUUGGUAGAUGGCUUAAUGAACUUCACACUCACUCCGACAUGAAUGUUGUGACUAUACUUGUCGGUAACAAGUCCGAUCUUAAGGAUGCAAGGGAAGUGACAGUCGCUGAAGCAAAAGCCUUGGCGGAAGCUCAAGGCUUGUUUUUCAUGGAAACUUCAGCCCUUGAUUCCUCGAAUGUUGUUGCUGCAUUCAAGACGGUGGUUGAAGAGAUAUACCGAAUAUUAAGCCGGAAAGUCAUCGCUUCACAAGAACUGAAGAAGCAGGAUCCAAUAUGGGUAGGUAAUGGAAAGACUGUUGUUUUACAGGGUGAUGGUAAUCAGGAAACCGAUGCAGCACCCAGAAAAGCUUGGUGUUGUUCUGCUUAGGAUUUUACAUAGGUUAAAAGCUUUAGCCUUUUAUUUCACACGAUUUCUUCUUUCUCCCCUGGUCGAAAUGCUCAGUAAAUACUGAUUUUUUUUUUUUUUCACUUUUUUGGGGGUUUAUGAUGGUUGAAGCAGAGGUAUGAGGGGAGAGAGAAUGUACAUGACCUGUGGUGGAUGUAUAAUGUAUGGAGCAAUCUGUAGUUCAUACAAAUGGUGCAUCUGUCGUUGCCGUCUGGAUGAUGAACUUUUGUAUGAGCAAUUCCCUCCUUGUUACCUUGAAAGGAAAUUCCAGCUGCCGUCAAGUCAAGUCCCUUCCACAGAUUGUCUAAAAUGAUGAGGAUUUUCUUCUUCGGGUCGCUUACUAGCCUCUUACGCAAAAGAUCUGCUCUUCCAAGUACAGUUUCCUCAUUAGUCUUCAUGCCUAACAUAUGGACAGUUUCUGCUCGAUGCCAUGUUAGGCUUGCAGCUUAAUGAGGAAAUAGUACUUGGAAGAGCGAGUCUUCUACGUAAGAGGCUACGAAGCUACCCGAGGAAGAAAAUGCUCAUAUUUUAUACGAUCUGUGGAAGAGACUCGACUUGAAGACGGUUGUAAUUCCCUUUUAAGGUGACGAGGAGGGAAUAUCUCAUGUAAAUAUUCUUGAUCCGGACGACGAAAACAGAUGAAACUUAUUGUUGAUAUCUCAAGAAUCAAGAUUUCAUUCGA